AUGCGUGUACCGUUGUUUCUGCUCGCCUUGGCGAGCCUAUUUCACACCGCGCUUGCCGUGGAUUUGAGGGGACGAAUCUCCUGGAAUGAAUUAUGUCCUAACGUAGGGUUUUUAGGGCACGCAAAGGUUGUGCUCGAUGAUGACAAGCUACGUGGGGGAAUCACAGAAGAUGGCGGCUUCGUGAUCCCUGAUGUCCCAGCCGGGACGUAUAUCCUCUCCGUAGUAGCACAUGAUCACACAUUUGACAAGCUGCGAGUAGAUGUCUUCGAGACGGACUCGCUGCCCGAGGUCCGACCCUAUAUCCCUGGCACGCCUCUCUCUCCACCCUCCGCCAUAGCACUUCCCUACCCAAUCGUGCUUACUGCGCGGAAGAAGAACGAUUACUUUGCCCCACCGCAAUCGUUCAAUCUGUUGGGCACGCUACAGAGCCCCAUGAUGUUGAUGAUGCUCUCGAUGGGCGCUAUGAUGUUAGCAAUGCCGUAUCUCAUGAAAAACAUGGACCCAGAAGUCCUGCAGGACUUCAACAAGCGACAGUCUCGUAUUGGCAGUCUGCAAAGCUCGCUCCAGAGUGGUGACAUCAGCGGCGGAUUAUCGGCGCUGCUACAUGCAGGGGAGGAAGAGAAGCCUUCAACACCCAGCCCGUCGAAGACGGCAACGUCAUCCAGUAUGAAACAUCGCAGUGGCAAGCACAAGAAGCGAUGA